GUUUAUGCUGGCUUGAUCCGGAACUUGAGUUGGAUGGCUGAUGGGAAGAUGAGCGACAUUCUCUCGCCGACUGCAAAAGCAUUAUCCCGAGCUGCUGUUAUUGCUCACAAUGAGCGUGAUGAGAGUUGUGUUCGUGCUAUUCUUAGUGCCCUGUGGAAUUUAGCCUCACACUCAGAACGAAACAAGAAAGCUAUCUGUGAUGAACACGGGUUUUUACCGCUGCUGACGAGUUUGCUUUCGAAUGAUGCGAGAAUGACGGCCGUCGUGGAAAGUGCCUCAGGCAUUUUGAAAUACGUUUCGCAGUAUCUAUCAACGAAUUCUAGUCAUCUAAGCGCCAGACCUGAAAUAGCGGCCCAUCUUGUACAGUUACUCAGCAGUGCUUCGUUCACGAUUGUUGCUAAUACUCUGGGUGCAUUGGCCAAUCUCAUAGCGAAGGACCCACAUUUGCAGUCCCUAGUCCGUCAUGAUGUUAUGGCAAUGAACCAGUUGAAUGUCUUGCGAAAUUCAGCUAGGGAAGAUAUACGAGCUGCUGUCAAGGCUGUACUCAACCAUCUCAAUCAACCCGUAGGGUAUACGCGAUACGCUGACAUGUCUUCAUCUCUCGGAUGUGAUCCCAUCUGUUCUCCUCGUGAUACUCGCUUGCUUGCUCUUCGUGGAGUUCGAAUGUCUCCUGGCGCGGUCACAGGAAUGGGUCCAACUCCUUCCUUUGACCACCGCUCUAGCAGCCUCCCUCGCCAUUUCAAUCGAGGAGGAUUUGUCUCCAACAUGUCCUCGUCACUCGGAUGUGAUCCUAUUUGUUCUCCUCGAGAUACGCGCUUGCUUGCUCUUCGUGGCGUUCGGAUGUCUCCUGGCGCGGUUACGGGAAUGGGUCCGACACCUUCCUUCGACCACCGCUCUAGCAGCCUCCCUCGUCAUUUCAAUCGAGGAGGAUUUGUCUCCAGUCAUGCAUCUCCGCACCAUGGUUUCCCUAUACCUCGAGGGCCGAUUUCUAGCGGACCGGCGUUGGGAUUUGCUCCACCACCCUCGCAGUAUAUUCCUGACGAGGACGCUCCCAUCCAGCCGUCCAUUGUACCAGAUGAAAUCACCGGUGAUCCAAAUUUGGAGGACAGUGUCCGAUGUACUCGAAGUGUUAGCGCCGCUUCGCUUGGCAGCGAAUUGCCGAAUACUUCAAUGGGAUGGCAAAGCAACUUAGACACUGCUGCGAAUAGCAAUCGAAUGUCACCGGUUUCACCAUCGGAUCUCCCUGAUUCUCCAACGCAGUGUGCAAAGAUGAUGGAAACGAAGGGCGACACCUCCACUCCACUAAGCGUAAAAGUCCGUGGCGGCUCAGGAGUUACGUCGAGCGAACCAAAAUCAGGCUUGACGGCCAGUGACACAGCCACCGCGAUUGUUGAUGACCAACCAACGCCCACAUUUCCUGCAUUCGUCCUUCCUGCACCUUUGCCACCAGCGAGCUUUCCAUCGAUAGAGAAGACAGAAGCUGAGAUUGCAUGCCAAGAUCUCGCCGAUGAUUUGUACGCAGCUGUCAGUGCCAACUGCGUUGAUGGAGCUGACUUGAGAAUAGCUGAUGAUCGACUGCUUGCUGAUAUGAUCGAAGCAGCUCAGCCAUCUCCCCGAAGAACGCGACAUGGUUUUUCGGAUGCGCAUCAUUCUCCAAAUGUGGAUGCGGAUCGUUUACUUAGUGCUUGCAUUGAUGCUGCCAUGCCACAACCAUCUCCAUCAUUUAAAAGCAAUUCAAAAAACGAGAAGGGCGGACACGGUUGUUCUCCGGUGACCCACCGCGUCCGCCCAUCUCCGCAAGUCGCAGGUCACCCCGUCAAUGUGGAGGACUUUGAAGGAUAUGCAGAAAGAUGUAUGCUAGAGCAGGCUCUUGAGUGUUCUUUUUCUAGACAGUCUUCAGAAAGUUGGUCUGAUGAAGAUGAAGGACAAUUUCUUGACACAACGUUACCAGUGGAUUGUUUUGUUGAAGACGAUAUCACCAUUGACUGCUCGAUGAUUAGAUCAUCGAGCUCUCCAAUGCGAGCUGGAGCUCAUUCAUCUUCGACUAUGACAGGUUGUUCAAGCUCAACGCAAACAACUCCUUCAAAGGUUAAUCAAAGAAGUUCGAAGACCACAGGUACUCACAAAACUCGGCUGCCGAAACCGACCAAUAGCCGCACAUCUUCCCUCCAGGUGAAUUAA